AUGGUUUCACGAACACCUGUCAUGAAUCUAGCUUUCAAACAGAGAGAACAUUAUAGUUACAAGCCAAUUUAUCAAUUUUCCAGAACAUUACUCCGCCUGCAGAGAGCCAGCAAUGAUUCAGAUGUGACUGGCAAAGAAGGACGAGAUUUUAUCUUCGUAGAUACAAACCCACCAGGGGGGUCUGCCACCGGUCCCAGAUUACAUGAAAAUGCCGACAUGCUCUUCAGACAGAUUGAGACUGACGUUUACUACACAAAACAAUACAUUUUAUGGCAGCUCCGACAAUUGCAGAGUCUGAUAUCAAACAAAGCUGCUAAGGAAGCAGUUACCGUUGUUACUGAGGAUAUCAAACACCAUUUCAGGGUGACCCAAUACGACAUCUGGAGAUUCCGUAAUGAGUCCGGCCUGCAAGCUUGGCAGACGAAAGAGGUACAGAAACUUAGCAACCUUAUACAGCACCGAAUCCACGCAUUGCAGAAUCCCCCUAACUGUAAUACUGCGAAGAAAAUACUCUGCAAUUACCCAGUCAGUCUGAAGAGUCGUGGAAUGGCCAGCCAAUUUCACCACGUCACCUACUGCGCCAAUGCUGCAUAUGGGACACAGAGAACGCUCAUUAUUAAAACAAAGGAAUUAGACAGGACAGGUCUAGCCUUGAGCAACUACUUCCUCCCACUGAGUGAAAACUGCACCACUGAAACUGAGACUCCUAAAUCUUUAAGUAAGGGUCUUCUGUGUGCAUUUAUCAUGCAGAUGUUUGAAACUUGA